UGUAUUGUUUUCCUUUAAACCCAACAACAGCUGUCUGUAUGGCUUUUAUUUGUUAUAAAGAUAUUUCAAUGUAACCGUCCACUUUUGCCAACGCCAGUACAGUAGAGUUAUUUCAGACGCUGAAACGUAAAGAACGUGAGCACGUAUUAACCGAGAGGGUUUCAACUCGCUAUCGCUUGUCAUACCGCCGUGUAUUCUUAGGGUUUAUCUACAGUUAAAGUUCGUACCGUACUACCUUUUUUAGUACUCACAGUUUAAUGAUCAAUUUAGGUUUUUGUUUUUUUUUGUUUUGUAUUGAGGAAAUAGCUAGCGGUUUAGAUUAGAAUAUUUUUGUUUAAACGCGUUAACGUAUCGAUUAUUUUUUAAUUAAAUUUUAUAACGUCUGACGGUUUUACAAUAGUGUGGGUAAAAACAAAAGUGUAAACUGAAGUGCAAAAAUAUAAACUGAAUUCAAGCAGCAAAUACAUAAACAAUAUUAAACACGGAUUACGAAAAAAACAUAAAACAAAAGCAAAAAAAUAUUGUGGAUUACUCACUCAUAGAACAAAUUCAUUAAUUUUAAUAAAUUAUUAACAAAAAAAUAAAAACAAAACAAAAUAAUAAAUAAAAUCACUACAACAAUAAUAGAAAUAAUUAUUAAUUAGAUACAAAUAAUUAACUGAGCAAUCAACCACACAAUCAACAAAUAAACCAACCAAACAGCCAGUCAACCAACCAACCAACCUUAAAUUUGGAUUUAAAUGCUUACAACCACCAACUACAUAUUACAAAUAGCAAAACACUAAAGUAUUUCAAGUAUUUUUUUUUCUUGACAAACACAAGUACAACGUCAUUGGAUGAGUGAUCUGAAAUGAGUAUCGCAGAACUUUGAAAUAUUUUGUCAACAAUCAUUUAAAAGACGUUUAUAUAGAUUGCUGAAAUACUAAUAAUGUACAUUUGGUUUGUUAAUGGAAUUACUAUCAAAUCAAGCAAUAAAAAUCAAUCAAACUGUUGUCUAAAUUGUUAAUUACACACAAUAUAAAAUACGAUAAAACAAAAUCAAUGCAAAUUUAACAAUAAAUCAAUUAAACUACAAGCAAAUUGUGAUAUUAAAUAGUAAUAAUAAAAAUAAUAAACAAAUAAAAAUACAAUAUUACACUAAGUAGUAAUAGAUAGUUUAAUAAUACACAUCAAGGCCCAUAAAACAGCUUAAAUUUUGAAACAAAUUCAAGCCAUAUGUUUUUAUACGGAUGAUUGCAAAUUUUGUUUUGUUUUAAAUUCAAUUUAAUUUAAAUUGUAACGGUUGCUUAAAACAAUUCUCUCACGACGAGUAAAGUACCUUUGUUAAAAGGUAACCAGACAAAAAACCCUUAAAAAUAACCACGGAAAUACUUACACAUUUACACAUCCACCGUUUAAACUAUAACGAGAGCAAAACAAAUAAUAGUUUCGAUCAUAAACGAGUAGAGAACAUUUCAUCAAACCAACCAGAUCAAAGAAUUAUUUAUACUCAAACAACAGCUAUUAGUUAGUAAAUAAUGGGAAACACAUCGUCACACACGCAUGAACCUUUGGAAAGGGGCUUCACACGAGGAAAAUUUGGUGAUGUUAAAAAUGGGAAAUCCGCUUCAUUCCGUUUUAGUAAAAAGUCUCCCAAGAAAAUGGAUCGUUUGCGACGAUCCUUUCGUGAUUCGUUUAGACGCCGAAAGGAUCGUGUACCCGAAUCAUCGAAACCUCAUCAAUGGCAGGCAGAUGAAGAGGCUGUACGCACCGCUACAUGUUCGUUUGGGGUUAAGUAUUUAGGUUGCGUCGAGGUUUUCGAAUCGCGUGGUAUGCAAGUUUGCGAGGAGGCCCUCAAAGUUUUGCGGAACUCUCGUCGUCGUCCGGUGCGUGGUCUGCUACAUGUUAGCGGUGAUGGUUUACGCGUGGUAGAUGAUGAGACUAAGGGCCUGAUUGUGGAUCAGACCAUAGAAAAGGUCAGCUUCUGUGCGCCAGAUCGUAAUCAUGAACGUGGUUUUAGUUACAUUUGUCGCGAUGGCACUACACGUCGCUGGAUGUGUCAUGGAUUUUUGGCUUGCAAAGAUUCGGGAGAGCGUUUGUCGCAUGCGGUGGGUUGUGCCUUUGCGGUGUGUUUGGAGCGCAAACAAAGGCGUGACAAGGAGUGCGGUGUGACUAUGACUUUCGAUACCAAGAAUAAUACAUUCACACGCACGGGCUCCUUCCGCCAGCAGACAAUGACCGAACGUUUUGCCAACAACGAGCGGGGCAUUGAUACGCCCUCGGCUGCCAUUACGCCCCAGCCGAAACCCUUUAACCCCUUCGCCAUUGAACGGCCUCAUGCUACAGCUUCCAUGCUGGAGCGCCAGGGCUCCUUCCGGGCCUUUAGCACAAUUGGUAGUCAGUCACCUUUUAAGCGCCAGAUGUCGUUGCGCAUUAAUGAUCUUCCGUCCAAUGCUGAGCGUCAAAAGGCCUUCAUGGCCGCUGCCUCCGGCAAUGCUUUGGCUUUGAACACACCCAAUCGCAGUGUGUCACCCAUACCCGAAGUGUCGCCCGCUAGAGCUGGCAUGGAGAUGGAGAAUGGUGGCUUGGCCACGGCCGAAACUGUCAGUCAGCUGUGUCAAGAGCUCAGUCAGGGCCUGACCUUGCUGUCGCAAACCGAUGCAAUGCUGGCGGCCUCUGAAAAUGGUGCCACCGAUGAUCUCAAUUUCAAUAAUAACUUGAGCAUUAAUCAGAAUAUUAUAGCUGCGGAAAAGCACUAUCAGAAAGUAAUCUCCUCACCCACCAGCAUCAGUAGUUAUGGUGUGGUGACACCCACGGCCCAAGUCACGCCACGUAUUGCCACUGUGUCGCCGGCAAUACUCAAAACACCUCCUCAGACACCUAGUAAUACACCAACACUUCCAACGAGUAACGAAAAGCUAACACUCAAGGAAGCCACACUGCCGAAAGCCGAUCAAUGGUUGGGUCAGGUGGUGAAAAGCACCUCACCGGCGGCCCUCAAGCGAGCUCCUCAACUGGUCAACUCUGGACGCACACAAUCGAUGAGCUCUGUGCCCGGCACCAAUGAUCCCUUCGAUGCCGAAUGGGUGGCUGGUGUCACGAAACCCUUGUCACCCGAGUUGCCAGUGCCAACAGGAGCUGCAGUGGCUGGUGUUACCACUCCAACGGCAGCCGUAGGCAACACAACAGCACCGCUACACAGUACUAAUCCCUUUAUAUCGCCACCUAAAGCCCCAGCGCAAUCAUUCCAAGUGCAGCUCUAAGAAGGAGCGCGCACACAAAAUAUUUAAUUAGACACUAAAGUAGACUAGACUAAUGGGAAGCAUGCUGAUGGGGGAAGUGAAGUGAAGUGUUGGACACGGCCACUUUAAAAACUAAAUUUUUGUUAAGCGUUGAAAGAAUUGAAAAAUUAUAACUGCCACCACCACCUUGCAAAAGUUGUGGGAGUUGUUAUACUAAAAAACAAAAAAAAAAAACUGAAAAGCCGCUUAAAGAAACGAUAACAACAUUACAAUAAUGGCUGGCAAUCUUGUUACUUAAUUAAUCGCUAAAUUGAUGUUACUUACAUAUACACAUUUAAAAAACAACAAAAAAGAAAAAACAUUUCUACAUAUACAUUUACAAUUACAAACAAAUACAUAAAAGAAACUGUUUUACUUUUACAUUUUCUUUUAAAUAUCUAUUAUUUAAUUUUUAAAUUAAUCUUUAAUAAAAAUAUUUAAAAUAUAAAAAAAAACUCAAAUAAAAUUCAACUAAAAUCCUAAAUUUGUUAGAAAUUAAAAAGAGAUUUGAUCGUAAAGGAAAGACAUGCAAAUUUCUAUAAGAAAUUUGUUUUAGAACAGACCCCACUUAAGCUAAGCAGCAACAGCAAGAAUUAUUAUUAAAUGUAUACAACCAUAGAGAAAUACACAUAGAGUGGAAGCUAGAAAAAAACUCAAACAAAAAAAAUUACUCAGAAUCAUCUCUUACUAAAUCCACUUAGAUUUUUGACAAUUGAGUUAGGUCUUUAACAGCAGAGUUACCGAUCUAUGUGUUUUUAUCUAUAUAUUCAACAUUCAUUCAUAUCUAUAUGUAUUAAUUGCUUAAUUCAUUAAAACAUAUAAAAUAAUUAUAGUUUUAAAACACUCAAUUGAACUCUCAAUCUCUCAAGUCUUGAUUAAUUUCAAAUUUAGCCAACAAACAAACGCCUUCUUUAAUUUUUAACUUAAUAAUUAAAUAAAUUAAAUUAAAUAAAAUAAAAUAAAUAAUUGUGUCUGUAUUUAACAAUCUAUCAAUUGAUUAAUUUGUACAAAAUGUAUUAUAUUAAAUUAAUUUUAUAAAUUUAAUUAUUUACUUUUAAUUACUUAUACAUCUAUAUAUUUUUUUUUUGUUUUUUUUUUUAUUUAGACUUUUAUUAUGUUAAAUUAAUUACAUUGCAAAAAAACAAACAAAUGAAAUUUAAGAAAUUUAUUAUUAUAUUAUAAAAUAAAUAAAUAAAAUAAAACAAAUUAUUGAUAAAGAAA